AAGUACUCUGCUGCAAAAUUUCUUCCAACUCCCGGUAGUCGUCGUACCAUAAGCCCCUCCGCCCCUUUCACCAACUCCAGAAACCUCGAAAAGCAAGCGACGAAGGCAAGAUACGCCCACGCACCGGCUCCGGCGAUGCAGCAGCAGAUGGCCAUGCCGCCGGCGCCCGCCGGCGCCGCGGCGGCAGCGCCCCCGGCGGCCGGCAUCACCACCGAGCAGAUCCAAAAGUAUUUGGAUGAAAAUAAGCAGCUUAUUUUGGCCAUCCUGGAGAAUCAGAACUUAGGAAAGUUGGCUGAAUGUGCUCAGUAUCAAGCUCAGCUUCAAAAGAAUCUCUUGUACCUGGCUGCGAUUGCAGAUGCCCAACCCCAACCACCACAGAACCCUGCAAGUCGCCCACAGAUGAUGCAACCUGGCAUGGUACCAGGUGCAGGGCAUUACAUGUCCCAAGUACCAAUGUUCCCGCCAAGAACACCAUUAACCCCGCAACAGAUGCAAGAGCAGCAGCAGCAGCAGCUUCAACAGCAGCAAGCACAGGCUCUUGCUUUCCCGGGACAGAUGGUCAUGAGACCGGCUACCAUUAAUGGCAUGCAGCCUAUGCAAGCCGACCCUGCUGCUGCCAGCCUACAGCAGUCAGCGCCUGUCCCUGCCGAUGGGCGAGGAGGCAAGCAGGACGCAACUGCUGGGGUGAGCACAGAACCUUCUGGCACCGAGAGCCACAAGAGCACAACCGGGGCAGAUCACGAGGUGGGCGGUGAUGUGGCGGAGAAAUCCUAAGUCGAGCAACGGAACCAAAGGACUCUUGAGUGACAACUAGUCCUUACUCUGUGGUUUAGACGACAUGUCCUAUCGAUCCAUGUAGAACAAAAAGUUUAGAUUGGUGAUGAAUGAUGUAAUCUGUCCAAGAUUGUUACCGCGUUCUUACAUUGCUGUAGCCAUUAUGGAAUAAUUUUUACCAGCCUGUUGUCUAGCGUAUUUUACUAUGUUUUCCAGCUAAUUAGAUGGUUAAGAGUGGCUCCAGCAUGUCCUCUUUACAAGUUACA